AUGAGUCCCAGCAUCACCACCGAGGCCAACCAGCCUAUCACUGCCAGGUCCACCGUGGCCCAGAGAAAACAAGCCAACGAACUGAGAAAGACUCUUAAACCCUUACUGGAGAAGAGAAGACGCGCUCGUAUCAACGACAGUCUCAGUCAUUUGAAAAGCCUAAUUCUUCCUCUGGUUGGCAAAGACAACGCACGCUACUCCAAGCUGGAGAAAGCUGAUAUUCUGGAAAUGACCGUCCGUUUCCUCCGAGACCUUCCUUCCACUCCUGUCAAAGACUCCGCAGACACUUACAGAGAAGGCUACAAAGCUUGUCUCCAGCGCGUCUCCGCUCUGCUUCCCAAAACGAGCCUGGAUCAAGACGCGUGCCAGCGGGUGAACGACUUCGUCCAGCAGUCUGCAUCCGCCACUGUCACCCCAACCUGCCUGAACUGCUGCGCUCAGAGCUCCAGGUCUCUCCCUCAGAUCCAACAGAGACUCCUGAGCCUCAAAUCCAGCUUCAGCUUCAAACUGGAGGGUCCGCCCCGCAGCAGCGCAGCGGCUCCCAGCCGGGCGCAGCCAGGCCCGCAGGCUGUCAGCGCUGCCAUGUGGAGACCCUGGUAG